AUGCGUUUCAAUUUUGUCUUUGCUGUAAUCGCUUCCAUCACAGUUACCAUAACCGCGAUGCCUCAUGCGAAUUCUGAUGCCAAUCACAGUUUGAUGCCCCGCAACUUGCCUCAAGAGGCCAAUUUGAACCCACGUGCGACUUUCGAAAGUCAGGGUGGCGUGCUCUCGGGCAGCAAACUGUACUACAACCAAUAUGACAAUGGAGGCGGUAAUACCUAUUCGGACCCAACAAAGACCAGUCAAGCCUGA